CUUACACGCACCUUCUUCUUUCACAUCUCAUUCCGAACUUUGGCACAAGUUUUCUGUGAGCACAUCUCAACUCACAUAACCUAUCGGUCAAUCUCACAUUUAUACUACACAUCUAAACCCAACUACACAAUACAAUGAGCGCUUCUCAAACCACCAGCUCCCCCGAGCUCACCAUGGCCGUCAUCGGCUGCGGAACAAUGGGCAUAGCAAUCCUCUCCGGCAUCCUCGCCUCCCUCGACGAGAAAUCCACCUCCCCCACCCCCUCCGGCACCUCCACCCCCCUCUACGAAACAACCACCACCCCCCGCCUCCCCUCCAAAUUCAUUGCCUGCGUCAAGCGUCCCGAAUCCGCCAAAAAGCUCAAGACCGCCUUCUCCUCCUACACCACCCCGGUAACAAUCCUCACAAACUCCAACCUCCCCGCCGUCCAAUCCGCCGACAUCAUCCUCCUGGCCUGCAAACCCUACAUGGUCAACGAACUCCUCUCCGAACCCUCCCUCGCCCCCUCCCUCAGUGGUAAACUCCUCAUCUCCAUCCUCGCCGGCGUAACCGAAACCCAGCUCUCCCAAACCCUCACCACCGCCAACGGCGGCCAGCCCGUAAACUGCCAAAUCGUCCGCGCAAUGCCAAACACUGCCUCCCUCAUCAGGGAAAGCAUGACCGUCAUCGGAAUCAGCAACCCCCCUCUUGACCCCGAGACGAUGGGGACGGUUACCUGGAUUUUCAAGCGGAUUGGCGAAGUGGUCUACCUCCCUCCGUCAAACAUGGAUGUUUGCACUUCGCUGUGUGGGUCAGGGCCGGCUUUUUUCGCGUUGAUGCUUGAGGCUGCUAUUGACGGGGCUGUUGCGAUGGGUUUGCCGAGGGCGGAGGCGCAGAGGAUGGCUGCGCAGACUAUGAAGGGGGCUGCGGGGUUGGUGCUGAAUGGGGAUCACCCUGCGUUGUUAAGGGAUAAGGUUAGCACGCCGGGGGGGUGUACCAUUGGGGGGUUGUUGGUUCUGGAGGAGGGGAGGGUGAGGGGGACGGUUGCUAGGGCUGUGAGGGAGGCGACGGUGGUGGCUAGUCAGUUGGGCCAGGGGGUGCAGGGGGUUAAUGGGACGCGGUUUCCUGGUAAUAACUUCCAGUAGGGUGGGGAGUGAGGAAAAGUCUCAUGAGGGUGGUGCAGAUAAGGGGGUUUGGGUGAGUUGGGACGUGGUAUCCUCCUGAUUACUUCCAGCAGGACGGUGGGAAUGGGGGAACCGGUGUGAACUGUCAGCAGUCUCGGUGGGGGGAGUGAUGUGGUGAAUCAUGGGACUUGGACGGCGAAUUCUUCAAAUAACCGCCUGCCAGAUUGGAAGAUGAGAGAAGGAGAGUAUGGCAUGAGGCCGUUUGACAGCGACUAUUCCCAGCAGGAUGGGAGAAUGAGAGGGAGACAGCUUGAGAUGAGGUCGUCUGGGAGCUACAAUUCUCAAAAAGAUGGGGCGUCAAUGGAUGGGAGGGCGGCCUCAGAUGGGGUAUCAUUCUCUCCAAAAAGAUGGGAAUCAG